UGCCUCGUCGGCUUCCGGGCGCGGCAGCGUCGGAGGCGGCGCUAUAUCCGGUAGCGAUGGAGGAGGCAUCCGCGUCUCGCUCCGUAACUGCGGAGGCUUCGACGGCGGCGGAGACGGAGGAGCGGCGCGGGUGGAGCGAGGCGCAGUUCCGGCACUACAGCUUCGCCACGCGGCCCAUCGCCCGGCUGCGCCACGGAGACCCGCGCGCCGAGGAGCUGCUGGAGAACGAGGAGCCGGUGGUGCUCACCGACACCGAUCUGGUUUAUCCCGCCCUGAAGUGGGACCUGGAUUACCUCCAGGAGAAUAUUGGGAACGGGGACUUCUCGGUGUACCGAGCCAGUACCCACAAGUUUCUGUACUACGACGAGAAGAAGAUGGCAAACGUGAAAAACUUCAAACCGAAAUCCAGCAGAGAGGAGAUGAAGUUCGGGGAUUUUGUGGCACAGCUCCAAGAAAGCAAGCAGCAGGGAGGUAGAAAAAGGUUAUAUCUCCAGCAGACCUUAAAUGACACGGUUGGAAGGAAAAUUGUGGUAGAUUUCCUGGGCUUUAAUUGGAAUUGGAUUAACAGACAGCAGGUGAAGCGAGGCUGGGGUCAGCUGACAUCCAACUUACUACUGAUUGGCAUGGAAGGAAAUGUGACACCAGCUCACUAUGAUGAACAGCAGAAUUUCUUCGCUCAGAUUAAAGGAUACAAACGAUGUAUUCUGUUUUCACCUGAUCAAUUUGAAUGCCUUUAUCCUUAUCCCGUGCACCAUCCAUGUGACCGGCAAAGCCAGGUUGACUUCGACAAACCCGACUAUGAGAAGUUUCCUAAUUUCCAGAACAUAGUUGGCUAUGAAACCGUAGUUGGCCCAGGCGAUGUGCUAUAUAUUCCCAUGUAUUGGUGGCAUCACAUUGAGUCAUUGCUGAAUGGAGGAAUUACCAUUACUGUAAACUUUUGGUACAAGGGUGCCCCAACCCCUAAAAGGAUUGAAUAUCCCCUAAAGGCUCAUCAGAAAGUGGCUGUGAUGAGGAACAUAGAGAAAAUGUUGGGGGAGGCCCUUGGAAAUCCACAAGAGGUGGGUCCCCUGUUAAAUAUGAUGAUCAAAGGACGGUAUGAGUAAUCUUGGACUUCUGCAGGAUAUUGUUUCACCUAAAAGGGGAAGAUAUGAAGUGCUAAUAUUGCACACAGCACUUAAAAACAGAUGGAUUCCUGGUCCAGCUCUGAUCCACUCUGCUCAUCCAGGGGAAUGAUUAAAACUCUGAAAAGUUGCAUUCGUCUCGCCUUCGACUACAGCAAACCUUAUAGAAUAAUUCAUCCUUACUAAGGAAGAACCCAUCACCAGUAACUCUGUGUUCUCUGUCUGCCUAGAUACAACAGUUGGUACCUGGUACUUGAUGAUAUUUAUUUGUGACAGCACCUUUGUAAUCACCUAUAUAAGAAUUACCUAGAGGAACGGUUUUGAUUUUCCUUCUAUAUUUCAGUGUUAGGAAUCAACAUGGAUAACUUCCAAGUUAUUUUCCUGAAGGCAACCCUCUCUUUGAUAUCGCAACGUCUUAAAACGAAAGCUUUUUGAGGGAUACAGAAAAAUGAAGGACGUUAAGAGAUGGAGACCUUAAGAGCUUUUAAAUCCAGUGUGUCAUUUUGUCAUAAACAAUACAUUGAUUUCUAAUUCUCUAAAACUGGGAGAAAUGCCUAUGUAUAGGAAUUGGACUGUUUUCCACUCAGGAUGUUAAUAGAACGGGACAAGCCAUAGCGAGUGCUCUUAGUCAAUAAAACUUGUGUGUCAUAUUUUUCACUUAACCAUGCAUGGUUAAUUCCUGGUUGCACUCUGCCUUCGCUAGGCCAAAUUAAGUACCAGAUCAAUUGGUGAAGAGAGGAGAGCAGCGAAGCUAUAACAAAAUUGCUUCCCUUUCUCUCCCCCCCACAUUUUGCUCUUUCUUAUGUCUGGAAAGAAAUAUGAGUAUGGGCUUUGUAUUUCAUUAAGAUAGGAAUGCAGAUGUUAGAGUUUAACUCCCAGAUAAGCAAGGAAAAGCUUCUUCAUUUGCCAUGAAGUCACUUUUCUACAAGAGUUUAGAAGACCCACCCUGGGUCAUUGGUUUUUUUUGCCAGCAAGAUAGAUGAUAGUUAGAUAUUGGGACAACAUCUGUACGUAACAACCAGAGUUUCUGGGAUUCUCUGCAUUCCUGUUUACUGUGAAUUCUAUAAAGAGCUGAAGAAGUGUCUGAAGCCAGGAUCCUUGGCUGUUUUGGGGAAGGUGGAACCUGAAAAUGCCUUGCAGCUUUGUUACAAGUGAAGCCUUUGAUAUAGUUUCAAGCCAUAAGGAGGCAACAGAAGACCACCGUUCCUGAGGUUGUCAGGAAGACCAGGGCAAUGUUGGACUUGAUGAAUAGUAGUAUCAAUAAAAUCAUUCUGCCUUUGGCUGAAACAAAGCAAUUCCUGUCUUUAGUCCUUGAUGUGAAAUGGCACCGCAGACUGGAACUGGAAUUUUGCUGUUGUAUAGAGCUUACGCAGAAAAGGCAAGGUGUCUCAUUAGAACGAAGAAGAUGAGUUGAAAUGCAGCAUUCUGAUACGUUUUUCUUUUUUUGCCAAAGGUGUAAAUUUGAAAAAUGUCUAAAUAAUUGGUUUGGGAAAAGAAUAUAUUGCAGUUUAGUAGUGCAAAAGCUUAGUUUACAAUGCACUGAUAAAAGACAGUUUUAGAUACUGUCACUUUUGUUUUUUUAAUCUUGUGUUUGAUGCCAUGCUAUUAGGAAAAAAAUUGUGUCUGUGAUGUGCGGAAAUAUGUGGGAAAUACAUAAUAUCUUAAGUGUAGUUCCUAAAAUACAACUACUGUUGAAUGACACAAAUA